AUGAAGAAAACGAAUUUGGAUCCGUUCAUUGCAAGAUAUGCGGACCGGCAGCCACUCACCUUUCUGAUGCCCCGCGACGAAGCGUUCUCCGCACUUCCAGUCAAUAUCCGCAAGCAGUUAUCGGGGAAGAAGCUGGUGCAGGUCAUGCAGUACCAUAUGAUCAUGGAGAAGUGGGGGAUCAAUUUCCUUUCUUUCCCGAGAAAUCAAAGUUUUUUUGUCUCCGUGGUUUCACUCAAUCUCCAACAAGUCUAA